AUGGAAAGUGUGAAUGACCUCCUCCUAUUGCCUGCACCCAAUGCAACCCUCUGUAACCUGGGGAAUAAAAACCCUACCUUUCCCAAUCCUUUCUGCUCUCCCAUGGUAAACCUAAAUCGCAUAGGAAACCACUGAAUCAGUGAGAAAACGCUGGUAUAUGGUGCGUGGAGUGGGAGACGAAGAUGGGUUGAGGGUGGGCGAGAAGAGCAGCUGGGAUUGUUCAUCACAGCUGCUUCUGGGGAGUCGAAUCCGUUUUCCUUCGCUGAUUCGGUAAUAGUUCUCCUGUCCAAGCAAAGACAUUAGAAUCUGGUUCCAUAGUCCAAUUUGUACAUAAGGUAGACCGCUAUACAGAAUACAAACCAGGAGUCCGUUUGAAUUGAGGCUCCUUGGUUUUGUUUAGCUCUCUUCUUCUAGCUUGGAUCAAGAUUCUUUUCCUUUUCAAGGCCAGAAUAAGUUCUGUUUUGCCUGCUGUUUUCGAUGGCUACCUUUGUGCACACCGAACCAGGACACCUGUACUCAUGGUGGGGCAAUCAUAUCAGCCCAAAAAAUUCGAAAUGGAUUCAGGAUAAUCUUAAAGACAUGGACAUGAAGGUCAAGGCAAUGAUCAAGCUCUUAGAAGAAGAUGCUGAUUCCUUUGCAAGGAGAGCAGAGAUGUACUAUAAGAAGCGCCCCGAGCUUAAGAAACUGGUGGAGGAGUUCUAUCGAGGAUAUCGAGCUUUAGCAGAAAGAUAUGAACAGUCAACAAGAGUGCUCCGCCAUGCUCAUCAAACAAUGAUAGAGGCAUUUCCAAAUCAAAUUCCAUCAUUGUCAGAUGAGUCACACUAUGGUUUAUCUGGCAAUGAGGUAGAGCCACAAACUCCUGAAAUGCCUUCGCCAGUUCGUAGACUAUUUGACUCUGAUGACUUGAAGAAGGAUGCCCCCAGAUCAGUAUCAGAUUUUCAUGUCAAAAAAAGAAAUUGGCUGCAUGCUGAAGAAAGUGAUGCAUUGUCUAGGAAAACAAGUCCCAGGCAAUACAAUGAGAUUCUUGGAACUAGUGAGGGGGCAGCACGUGGAAAGUCACAUGAAGGAAAGGUAAGAAAAGGUUCAAACAAUAUGGAGCAUGAGUAUAAAAACUUUGAGAAUGAAGCAGAUAAUCAUGACCAAGAGGGUACAGUGAAACGGGAUGCAAGCAAUGUGAUAAAAAUACUACAACAAGAUAUUUCCCAGUUGUCAUCUGAGAUCCAUGUUCUGAAAGAUCAGAUAAUGGAAGAAUCUAAGCGUGCUAAUAAUGCUGAAAAUGAAGUUCAAAGUUUAAAGGGAUCCCUCGCUAAAUUGAACUCUGAGAGAGAUACAUCUUUUCUUCAACACCAGAUAUCUGUGGAAAGAAUAUCAAGUCUGGAACUUUUACUUUCAGAUGCACAAACUGACUUGAAAAAUCUCAGUGAUGACAUGCUAAAGGAAGUUAGGAAGCUGAAAAAUACUGAAGAGCUUAAUCAAUCACUACAACUGGAUUUAGACACACUAGAAAAGAAAGCAAUGACACAAGAACUUGAAAUAAAUCAGAAGCAAGAAGAGUUGGAGAAGCUCCAAAUUAUGUUACAAGACAAGUACCAGAGAUGCUUGGAAGCUGAAAUGGCCAUUGUCGAAAGCGAAAAGAAGUAUAUCCAAUCUCAGGAAGAGGCAAAAGUUUUAGCUCUAGAGAUUCAAGAAGGGAUGGAGAAGUCGAGGAAUGUGGAACUCUGUAAUAUGGGUCUAGAGGAAGAAAUAUGUAGACUUAAGGGGGAAAAUAAUGGCUUAAAUGAACAGAAUCUUCAGUCUACACUGAUGGCAAAAGGUCUCCAAGACGAAAUAAUACUUUUGAAAGAGAAGAAAAGGAAACUUGAAGAUGAAAUUGGGUUCCUCCUAGGAGAAAAGGAAGUUCUUCGUCAAGAGCUUUGCCGGGUGAAAGAAGAGAACACUGAUCUAAAACAAAGGUAUCAAGAUCUCAAGGAGGAAAUGCAGGCUGUCAGCAAUUGUGUGGAGUCCCUUCAGGCAGCCAAUAAGGAGUUGCAAAAUGGAAAUAAUGAGCUGAAAGAAAUUUGUAAGAAGCAUGAGGCUGAAAAUGAGCUUCUUGUGGAGAAGCUGAAAGAUAUGGACAAAAUCUCAGAGAAGAAUAUCAUCUUAGAAAGGAUUCUCUCAGAUGCAAACUUUGAGAUAGAAGUUUUAAGAGAAAAGUUUUCAGCACUAGAAAAUACACAUGAAUCUCUAAAAAGUGAAAUUUCCAAUUGUAUGGGUGAGAGGGAUUCACUUGCCUCAGAAGUAAAGAUUCUUUCGGAAGAUGUGGAGAAGCUCUCAGCUAAAAAUACUGUGUUGGAGAACUCUUUAUCUGAUGCAACCAUGGAAGUUGAGAGUUUGAGAUCAAAAUUAAAGGACUUUGAAGAAUCCUGCCACUAUCUCAAUGAUCAGAACUCGGGUCUUCUUGCUGAAAAGCAUGCUCUUGAAUCUCAGGUGGAAGCCAUUACCAUGAAUCUGGAAAAUUUUGAGAGCAGGUAUGCAGAAGUUAUGGACAAUCACUUGAACUUAUCAAGAGAAAGGGAUCUGAUGAUCAAUCAGGUCAAGGACCUUGAAGAUAUCCUGAAAUUAGAAACGCAGCAGCACCAAACUCUUGCCCAAACAUACAAGAAUCUGAAAGGCACUUCAGAGAACCAAAUUUCUCUCCUGCAAGAGGAAAACCAACAUAAAGAUAAGGAGCUUCAAACUGAACAGCAUAAUCUCAUUACAUCUUUGGUAGAAAAUUUCAUCCUGCAAAGGAGUCUCUCUGAUUUGAAAGAAAUGAAUUCAGUUCUUUUCCUUGAUGGUCGGAAGAGUUUAGAGGCAUGUAGAAGUGCAGAAACACUAGUUUCAAAACUUGAGCAGGAAAAACCUAUCCAAAUGAGAAACAUAAUGUCCUUAACAAGGCAUAAUGAGAAAUUAAGCGAUGGGAUUCGUCUUCUAUGGAGAGCACUUAAUGAAGACAAUGAGUUUAUGUCUCUGGAGAAAAUCCAGGAUGAAAUUCUCUUAGAUAUAAUCCUCGGUGAAAUUAAAAAACUACUGAAUUCUAUCUCGGAAGCAAAGGAUGACAAUCAACAAUUGCAUCUUGAGAUAUUAGUUUUUAUCACUCUUUUGAGGCAUUUAGGAAUUGAUGUGGUCAACCUGAGAUUGCAGAAUAAUUCUCUUGAAAGGGAGCUUGAAAUUAAAAAUGAGGAACUAUUUGCCUUGGGACACGAAAACAAUGAACUUCUAGGAAGCAAUGAACGGUUGAUGGAAGAACUGGAAGCAAGCAACCAAAGGGAAAAAGUCCUGAAAAUGGAAAUUAAGGUCCUCCACACACACUCAAGUGAUCUGCAAGGAGCUCUCCAGACAGUACAGUGUGAGAUUACCAAUCAAAUUGAAGAGAAGAAGAGUCUAUCACAAGAAAUCUGCAACUUAAGGGAGCAGUACAAUAUUUUGGAAGAGGAGCAUGUUGAAAUUCUUGUAGAAGCAAUGAGACUUGAUCAUCUUCAUUUGUUCUUCAAGAGUCUUAAUGAUGAGAGACUCACGGAUUUGAAAUCUCUCUGUUAUGAUCUGCAAUCUCUUGAUGUGAUUAAAAAUAAUCUUGCCAGUGAGAUUGGCAGGCUAAUUGAGAAAGUCAGUGUGCUUGAAGGGGAAAAGAUGCACUUUUCUGACACUGUUACAUAUCUGGAAGAAGAACUGAGAAAUCGUCUAUUGAUUUUAGAGUUUGAUUUGAACAUUGUGACUAGCUUGUUUGACGAACUAGAUCUUCAAGCAGAAGCUGUAAAGUUCAAAUUGAUGGAGAGGGAAACACAGCUAUCAGAAGCAAAUCAAAAUGUCAAAUCCACCCAAGAGAAUAACAUGUUAUUAAAUGAAGUCCUUGAGACUCUUCGGCUUGAUAAUGUUGAGACUAAGUUCGUGAAAGAAGAGAUGGAGAAGAAAGUUUUGACUUUGUCAGAAAUUGUUACUGAUAGGAAUGAGGAGAUUAGAGGUCUUCAUGAAGAAAAUACAAUGAUGAAGAGGGACAUUGAUGAAAUGCAUAAAAGAGUUGAAGAUCUUGUAUGCAGGGAGGAACUUCUGAUCUUAGAACUUCAGAAAGAAACAAGUGAGAUUAUGCAGUGUGAAGAGGAAAUAGCAGCAAUGUUGACCGACUUCCAGAUUUUAUUAGUCAAUGCAGCAUUUCAGGAUGAGAAGUUUCAAGAGCUGAUAGUAGAAGGCGAGAUUAGUACUUUAGUGCAAAAGGAGGUGCUAGUUGCUGAACUAUAUUUAUGCAAGGAACAUGUGGAAGAACUCAAGAAUAAGCUUCAUUUCCUGGAGGGAGAAAAUAGAGGACUGAAGGCUGACUUAGACGUUUACCUGCUCAUGCUAAAAUCUUUGUGGGAUGGUGUUGUCUCUAUGGAAGAGCAAAUCAUGUCAAUUUCAAUGCUUAAACCGUUGAACAAUCAUGCGGAAGAGGAUAUAUCCUUGAUGUCUCACCAGCAUCACAAUAGCAACCAACCUGGUGAAAGUCAUAUAGGAACAAAAGCAGCAGGAAUUUUGCUGCUGGAGAAGUCGAUCGAUAAAGUCAAAGCUCUUCAAAAGGUGAUCAUGGAUGCCGUCAUACACUUGGAGCAGGAAAGACUUGAUUCCAGUGCCACAUUGGAGGCAGCAAUGCAAGAAGUUGAAAUGUUAAAGUCCAAAUCAGUUGGUGGUGACACUAAACAACUUGAUGUCUAUGAUAGUAAAGAUGAUGCUGAGUAUUCCAAAGGGAAGUAUGGAGAAAUGAUCAAAGACAUUCAACUCGAUCAGGCCUCAAGCUCUUUGCCUUCGAGGGAAUUUGACUUGUACAAACUGAGUAUUGAAAAUGCAGAAUUAGAUGAGCAAUCAUGGGUGAGGGCUGAAAAAAACAGAAGCAAUCAGACACGCAAAACAUCACCAAUUUCCACAGAAAACAACAUGGAGUCUCUGGAGGAAGAAACAAUAUAUCACCAUCCGCCGAAAAUGCUUGCCAGUGAGUUGAGCAUUGAUAAGUCAGAUUUACACAAAAGACCUAUGGAAUCACAAGAAUGGAACAAGAGGAUCCUCAGAAGUCUUGAUUCUGAUGCUCAGAGACUCUCUGACCUUAGAACAAGCAUAGGAGAGCUGAAAAAGAGCAUAAGCUCUCAAAGGGAAAAGCUUCCUGCGAGUUAUGGGUAUGAUUCCAUCAAAGAACAAUUAAAGGAGACAGAAGAAGCCAUGUUGGAGCUGAUAGGUAACAAUAGUAGAUUGAAAAGGUUGGCCGAAGAUUGCACUUCCUUCGACGGUAGAACUAUCAAGCCCGAAGAUGGAGGCAGCAUGGAGAGAAGGCAAAUCUCACAACAGGCAAAGCAGGGAUCAGAGAAGGUUGCUACGUUGGAGCUCAAAUUGCAGAAGAUUCAGUAUGUCUUGAUGAAACUUGAAGAAGAGCUUCAGAAUAGGCAGGAUAGGAGUACGAGAAGAAAUAGAGUAGCUUUAAGGGACUACCUUUACGGGUGGAGAGACAAUCACGGACAGAUAAAGAGAAAUCCCUUUUGUGGCUGUAUGAAACCUAAAACCAAGGGUGACCACUGAUAUCUGAUAUCAGACUCCUCGGAACUACUUCGACCUCCCAGCAUUUCCCGAAAAGCUUGAUCAGCAAUUUUCUUUUUGAUAAGGCUGAUGAGGCCAUUUUCCUUCAAUAAAAUUGUCAGCAUGGUCUGAUAACUUUUGCUUGAACCUCUCAAAUGGAGUUGCAAACUUCAAAUGUAUACAUAGGCAAAAUGAAUGGCAAGAUCAGAGACUCGAGAGCUUUGAUAAACAUGUAAAAGGUUGUAUUUUAUUUAAUUAAUACUGCAGAGGCUACACAGUUUUUAUGUGUGAA